AUGUAUUUCGAGGAACUGAACGGCGAUUUCAGCGCGGGUCUUUGGCGGAAGAACCCGAACGGACGAAAAGAUAUACACCACGGGAGGCAUCACCGCGGAGGAGGUGUCGAGUUCACGCCGGAUGCGAACGCAGAAAGAAGGUCUCCUCUUACCGAGGAUUUCCUCGCCUUCGUCUCGAAAACAGGGAAAGGCGAUGCGUUUACCGUCGGUUUCGUCGUGGUGUGUGUGUGCGUGUCGUUCGUGUUGGUCGUGAGCGCCGUCGCGGUGGUGCAGUUGCACUUGAAGACGAAGCACUCGAAGGAUGGGGAAGAGGCGGAGGAGGAGGCGUCGCUCGACGGAUGCGAGCGCGGGAGUACUGUUAGAAACAGAACCGGAGCGAGGAGGAAAAAGAAGAAGAGAAAGAAGGACGACGAGAGUAGCAGCAGCCUGUACGGGGCGAUAGUGUAA